AAGCGCACUUCCGGACAUGCGUUUUCGCGCGUUAGCUGCACACAAACAUGGCGAUGACAAUGAGCCAAAGUGAUGUUCAGGUGCAACAGAAAGAAGGAGAGGAGGAUGAUCCGUCGAUGUCUAGAUCUGACAGUGGCGAGGAUUCUCUCGAUGGCCUUAUGAGAGACAGAUGUCCCCUGACCCCUUCGCUGUCCCCACGGAAACGGACCACCAGCCAAAGCAAAACGGAGCCUCCACUUCUGAGGACGAAUAAGAGGACAAUCUACACCGCAGGACGUCCACCCUGGUACAAUGUUACUGGGACCACCUUUAAAGAAGCUUUUGUAAUAGGUCUGUGUGGAGGAAGUGCCUCUGGGAAAACCACCGUGGCCAAUAAGAUCAUAGAGGCUCUUGAUGUUCCUUGGGUUGUUCUGCUUUCUAUGGACUCUUUCUACAAGAAAACUGUCUAUGGGGCCAACGUUGUGAUAUUUGAGGGAAUCUUGGCUUUUGCCAACAAGGAGCUUUUAAAGCUCCUAGACAUGAAGGUGUUUGUAGACACAGACUCAGACAUCCGGCUAGUCAGGCGCCUAAAGAGGGACAUCACGAAUAGAGGGCGUGACAUUGCAGGCGUCAUUAAACAGUACAACAAAUUUGUCAAGCCUGCGUUUGAGCAGUACAUCGAACCCACUGUGCAAGUUGCAGAUAUUGUGGUCCCAAGAGGUGGAGAAAACUUCGUAGCCUUGGAUCUGAUUGUUCAGCAUGUUCACAGUCAGCUGGAAAAGAGGAAACUCCGCUGGGAUAUAUCAGCACUGGCAUCUGCCCAUCAGGGUCAACCUUUACCCAAGACCCUGAGUGUCAUGGAGAGCACCCCACAGGUCCGAGGAAUGCACACUAUUAUCAGGAAUAAAGAAACCAGUCGAGAUGAAUUUAUUUUCUAUUCAAAGAGAUUAAUGAGGCUUCUCAUAGAGCAUGCCCUGUCCUUUCUGCCGCUGAAGCCGGUGUCUGUUGAAACUCCUCAAGAAACUGUAUAUGAAGGGAAGAGGCUGAGUGGGAAAAGGAUUACUGGUGUGUCCAUUCUACGGGCAGGAGAGACCAUGGAACAGGCCUUGAUGGCUGUUUGUAAGGACAUUCGGCUCGGAAAGAUCCUCAUUCAGACUAAUCAUGACACAGGAGAGCCUGAGCUCCAUUACCUUCGUUUGCCCAAGGACAUCAGUGAGGACUACGUUAUCCUGAUGGACAGCACUGUGUCUACAGGAGCGGCAGCUCUCAUGGCUGUCAGAGUCUUGCUUGAUCAUGAUGUCCAGGAGGAUAAGAUCUUCCUGCUUUCUCUGCUCAUGGCGGAGAUGGGCGUUCACUCAGUGGCCUACGCCUUUCCCAAAGUGCGCAUCAUCACCACUGCCGUGGACAAGAAGGUCAAUGAUGAGUUUCACAUCAUUCCAGGGAUUGGUAAUUUUGGGGAUCGUUACUUUGGGACUGAUGCUCCUUCAGACUGGUAUGAAAGUGAUGAGGGGAUGGACUACUGAAUUUCAUCAAGACCUAUGUGAGCGACUAUAUCUGCAUGCAUUAGAGAAGGGAACAUUUAAGCACUUAAUCUCAUAUGAUUGUGGACCCAUUGCCCUGCCCUAUAUAAGCAUAAGCCUUAGCCACCUCUUGCUGUCGAUGCUUGCAAUACUACAUGCUACAAAUGAGCCCAUGCUCAAUACAGGUCAAAGCAUCAACAGACCCCCAAACAUUGGAGAUUACUGUUCAUUAGCUUUCCUUAAAAUGCCCACAUGACCAUCACAAUUUGAGAAUUUCUCAUUAAUACUUGAACUAAUAAGAGUGGAAUAAUAAGGACAUACCACAGUUUCUUCAAGGGUGUGUUUACAAUGGCAUACUACCAAACUACCUUGUACUGUUUUUCAGUAGUUUGAGUAUACAGUUUAUACUGUAUAAAACACAGUAUAUAUAAUUGAUUUCAAACACAGCACAUACUCAAUGUUUGUUAGCUGUUUUCAUGUUGUCUUGACUUAAUUUGCUUUGUAUAGCAUAUAUGGCAUACAUGUGCAUUUGAGGUGCUUGACCAAAUUGACAUCUUAUACUAAGUGAAAGAAACAUUUCCAUACGCCUGCUUCAAUUUAACCUGCUUUUAAUAUUGCAGCCUUGCUAAAAGCAGCUGUGCAUAAAUGUUACUACCUUUAAUAGUAGCCCAAGCACAAAAUAGGAUUUGGGUCAAACAACAUUGUUUACUGUAAUGCUGCAAUUCUGCUCAUAAACAAUACAUCUGUUGUUUAGUCUACAUUUACUUUGUUGUUUUGCCUUUUUUCCAAAUUGAUUGGUGUCUUGAUGGUGAUACAGAUGUGAAGUGCCAAUCAAUAUAUCAGUCUACUUCAUAGUGUGUGUGUGUGUGUGUGUGUAAAAAUGUGGGGAAUUCAUGAAAUAUUGAAAAGGGACUUGUUGAUAGAAAAUUCAGUUUUAAGUCCAAAUGAAUAAUUUUCCUCAUCAUUGGUUUUAGUAUUUAGCGCUACAGUGCCACCGAGGGGAACAAAAUCAGGUUUAUAGUUUUCUGUUAUAUACUUGAAUUUUAAAAUGUAGAUAAGGUAUAUUUAUUUUUCAUUGGUUUAUUUGCCAUGCCUGAUUGAGGAGAGGCAACGACAGAUUGAUUUGCAUUGACAAAAGUUUAGAAACAAUUAUUGAAGAACAUUUUGGAGGUCUUUUAGCAGAAAUUAAACCAAAAGAGAGAGUAAAACAUGCGCUUCUCCUGAACUUCCACUGUUACGUGUCAUCUAAUGCAUUUUUUUAUUAAACCUGAUCAAAGUAAUAGUGCCAAAAUGCACAUACAGCAACCUGCGAUGCACUUAAAUUUAUGUAAACAAACAAUUUGAUCACAUUCUCACCUAAAGGGGAGAGUUGCACAUUAUUUCAAUGGCAUUUAUUAAAAAAUUACUUUGUCUAUUUGGUCCCACUUGACA